AAUCGGAAGAAGAAAGGAAGAAGAAGAAGAAGGAGAAAGGGGGAGGGAGGCCGUCUUCCCGGCUCCUCCCCCGCCGCGUCCCCCCCUCCCGGGGGCCGGGGCGAAGCGACUCUUACGGCGGCGAGAUUUGGGAGCGCAGUGGCGCUAUAUAAGCCGAGGCAGAGAAGGGCAAGCGAGGAAGGCAGAGAGACAGACCCGGCGGCUUAAGGCAUCCGGCAAAGUCAGCAGACGGCUCCGUGGGGAGAGAAGCCGAAGCAGAGUCUUUUCUUUCCUCCGGGUCUGCUCUCUAGUCGUGUUCACACGUGCAGCUUGGCGCUCUUCUGUCUGUCUCCCCCGCGGUUGUUCUUUCUCUCUUCCGUUCCUGCUCCUGCCUUCCGAUGCCUCCCAAUCUCACCGGCUACUACCGAUUCGUCUCCCAGGACAACAUGGACAACUACCUUCGUGCCUUAGGUAAGCGCCAGUCUCUCUCUCUCUCUCUCUCUCUCUCUCUCUCCUUGCAUUGCAGGGGGUUGGACUAGAUGACCAUGGGAGGGGGGGUGUCCCUUCCAGCUCUAGAAUUCCGGGAUUCUGUUAUUCUCUCUCACACACUCAUUCCCCCUUCCACACCAACCCCACAAACUCUGAGAAUGAAUUUAAGGCAAUGCUUAAUAUUCCCUCCCAAACCCCCAUGAAGACCUAACUUGAAGAUCUGGAACAUAUAUAAAAACAUUAACUGGAGCAUGUGCAGAGUGCCUUUGGGGCCCCACAUGAGAUCCUGCAGCUGGGCCCCACACAUUCUUGCAUUAGGACCGGGGUCCCUUCUUCCAGGAUGCUUCAGUGAUGCUUUUUCAAGAUCUUGUCAUCUGAGACCAAAGCAACUUAGCAUUUAUGUGGUAAUUUUGAAGGGUCUAGAGUUGGCUACCAACUUGGCAAUCCUUACCACAGGUCUGUAAGGUAGGUCUGUAUUAUUAACCACUGUAUUGCAAAUGGGAGAGUGUGUUCAUGGCAUGAAUGAGACUCAAAUAAGGACUUCCUGAGAUGUAGCUCAGUUUCUAGGCAAGCUGGUGAGGGAAAGAAUGCACAGAUAUUAAAAUAAUUGUUUUUUAAAUGCUAUAUUUAAUUGCAUUUUUACUUGAUUUUACUAUGUUGGCUGCAUCUGGGGAGGGAAGAUGGGGUGUAAGUUUCAAUAUACAUGCCUGAGACGGAUGUGUUCUUGUGUCUAUCCUCCUGAUAGCUCAGUCAGUAGAGCAUGAGACUCUUAUUCUCACGGUCAUGGGUUCGAGCCCCACGUUGGGCAAAAGAUCCCUGCAUUGCAGGGGUUGGACUAGAUGACCCUCGUGGUCCCUUUCAGCUCUAUGAUUUGAUGAUUCCUUCCUUACUAAGGGUUGGGCAAGGUGGCUUCAACACUGGAGAACUUUUCUACAGCAAGGGCUAAGUAACAAGAAAGGCCAUUGCUGUUUCUGUAUACAGUGGUACCUCGGGUUAAGAACUUAAUUCGUUCUGGAGGUCUGUUCUUAACCUGAAACUGUUCUUAACCUGAGGUACCCAUUUAGCUAAUGGGGCCUCCUGCUGUCGCUGUGCCGCGGCGGCGUGAUUUCUGUUCUCAUCCUGAGGUAAAGUUCUUAACCUGAGGUACUAUUUCUGGGUUAGCGGAGUCUGCAACCUAAAGUGUAUGUAACCCAAGGUACCACUGUACUAAGCUGUUACAGUCGUACCUCGGAUCUCAAACACCUUGUCUUCUGAACAAAUCGGCUCCGGAUGAUCGAAACCUGGAAGUGCAUGUUCCAGUUUUUGAACGACUUUUGGAAGCCAAACAUCUGGCGCAGCUUCCACAGCUUCCAAUUGGCUGCAGGACGCUCCUGCAGCCAAUCGGAAGCCAUGCCUUGGUUUUCGAACAGACUCCCAGAACGCAUUCUGUUCAAGAACCAAAGUACAACUGUACUUCUCCUUCUGCAUCACAAUUGCAUGCACACACACUGCCCUGAUCUAUCCAACUUAUUUUCUCACACUGUCGUAUGUUAGACAUCAAUGUCGCUCUAAGGAAGCUGGUUUGCCUCUUGAAGCCGGAGAAGGAGAUCAUCCACAACGGAAACCACAUGACCAUCCGCACGUUGACUUCGCUUCGGAAUUACAUCAUGGACUUUGACCUUGGGGUUGAGUUUGAAGAGGACUUGGGACCGGUGGAUGGACGCAAGUGCCAGGUAAGAAGUGGAAGCUUGUCUGCCCUUGGACUGCGGGAAGAGACCCGUUUGGUGGCCAUCCAUGAGAGAGAUUGCAAGAGGAGAGUUAUAGUGUCGACAUGGCUUCACACACAUUGAUUCUUGGCCUUGAGUUGUGCUCAGGGGCAGAGGAAGGGGAGUGCGGUUGGUGCAGGCUGCCCCAGGUGUCACCACUGAGGGGGGUGACAAAAUGCCAGGCGGCACUCACCGCAGGGCCUGCAGUGCACCCGAGCCAGGCAUCUCUCCUGGGAGUGACGUGGUAGCUUGGGCUCCCGCAGGCUCCGCGCUGCUCCAAACUGUCUGCCUGGCAGAGCAUCCUGCCCCAGCUUGCCCCACCCCACGGGCAGCUGGCCCUGUCCCCGGGCGCAGGGCACACACGCUGCCCCAGGCGCCCAGCCGGCUUUCUCUGCCACUGGUUGUGCUGGCUCAGCAGUGUUGUCAAAAUUUCUGUUCACCUGACAAGCAGAAAGAAGCACAUUUGUGCAAAUAAAAUCCAGUCAGUAGAGCAGCCUACUCACAUGGAAAGGAGUUAAACAACACACACACACACACACACACACACACACACACACUUAUAUAUGGAAGGCGUAAUAUUUAUCUCCAUGUGUUGGAGGUGCAGAAAUGCCUAUUCAUAACAUCUCCUCCUGUGUUGCACUGUUCACACAAGGAGACAACUGAACUCACGUGAGUUGCUUGUGCCAACUGAAUCUUAUUUGUUGCCCAAACUAGGCUCCAUGUCAAGCCUGCACGACUUGUAGCACAACUGCUACCUCUAGUGAACUCUCAGAUGCUUGACAAGGCCUGUCUCUUUUGCAUACAUGCAGCAAAACAAACUUGUUGACCUCUUGUGGGCACUUUUCAUCUUUGUGAGUCAUGGUUUCACUAGGGCUGUGCUUCUGAUACACCAGCAGCCUGGUUUUGGGAAAGGAUGUGUCUGGAACAAAAACAUCUUUCAGUGUCUCCCUCUCUUUCCGAGGUGGCUUUUAUUAGGAGCUCAGUAUUCAGUAUUCAGUAUUUUAUUAGGAGCUCAGUAUGUAUAUUGUGUAAAUUUUUGGAGAGCCAGUGUGGUGUAGUGGUUAAGAGUGGUAGACUCGUAAUCUGGGGAACCGGGUUCGUGUCUCCGCUCCUCCACAUGCAGCUGCUGGGUGACCUUGGGCCAGUCACACUUCUUUGAAGUCUCUCAGCCCCACUCACCUCACAGAGUGUUUGUUGUGGGGGAAGAAGGGAAAGGAGAAUCUUAGCCGCUUUGAGACUCCUUCGGGUAGUGAUAAAGCGGGAUAUCAAAUCCAAACUCUUCUUCUUCUUCACACCAGCUCCAGUCUAGGAGUGGGGCAACUUCGUUUGUAACUGCCAGAGAUGUUACACCCUUUUAGGAGAACUCCGUUUUACAAAUGAGGGAUAGACAAACACUCCAUCAAUGGCAAAGCACAGCAAAUAAAAUGAAGGCACAGCCUCAAAUAAAAGUUUUGGAAAUAAAGGCCAUGGGCAGAGGAAGUAGUAGUAAUAGUAGAAAUAAUUUUUGAAAGCUAAUGAAGGGUUUGUCAAGCAUUCAAAGUUGCUGGCUUUCUUUUUGGUAAUUUGAAUGGCAUUGGAAGCUAGGCCCAUAUUAUCCCCAGAUGGGGGUCUGAGAGUGAGUAGCUUGUCUAACGAGAUUAUAACAAAGCCAGUCAAUGAACUUUGUAUUAAUUUGCUUUUACAGUGGUGCCUCGCAAGACGAAAUUAAUUUGUUCCGCGAGUUUUGUCGUCUUGCGGUUUUUUCGUCUUGCGAAGCACGGUGUCGGGAAAGUUUUGGAAAAGCUUCAAAAAUCACCAAAGUCUUUAAAAACCUCAAAAAAGGCUACCACACUGCGUUCUAUGAGUUGCUCCUCGAAGUCAAGUCGCAACUGUAUUAAUGGUGUUAAGAAAAAGGAAACAAACUUGCAAGACGUUUCCGUCUUGCGAAGCAAGCCCAUAGGGAAAAUCGUCUUGCGAAGCAGCUCAAAAAACAAAAAACCCUUUUUUGACAAAAAAACCUUUUUUUGUCUUGCGAGGCAUUCGUCGUGCGAGGUACCACUGUAUUACUAAAUGUAUACUGCCUCCAGAUCUUGGAACAGUGGCUAAAAAUUGCAUUUGAUAUCUGUGGGGUUAAUGGGAGAAUUUCUUAUCAAGAGUUCUUUGCCUAAAACCAGCCAUGGUUGUUUUCACACCUGAAUAAAAUAAUAAUAUAGCCCUUCUGGAAGCAGUUACUGGGGUAGCUGUACUCCACCAGUUAUAUCUCAACUUCAGGUCGUCUCACCAUUACUGCUUCCAUUUCUGGAACUCAUCAUGCAAUGCCUCUCCCUUGAUUGAAUACAGUGGGACCUUGGUUGCAGAAUGUCUUGACUCCCGAACAAAUUGGCUCCCAAAUGCCGCAAACCUGGAAGUGAGUGUUCUGGUUUGUGAACGUUUUUUGGAAGCCAAAUGUCCGACACAGCUUCUGCUUGAGUGCAGGAAGAUCCUGCAGCCAAUUGGAAGCCACUCCUUGGUUUUUGAACAGUUUCAGGAGUCCCGGAAUGGAUUAAGUUUGACAACUAAGGUACCACUGUAUUGUUAUUGUGGGUUGGGAUGAUUUGUGUUUUGUUUUAUUUUUUAAAAAAGUCAUCCCACUGCUAUAGAUUAAGAACUAUUUUUUAAAAGGGAGGCAUGUGGUUGAUAUCGGGGGUAGGAAAACUGCCCUCCACCAGAGGCUGCUACCUGAAGCAACUGUCUGCCCCUUACUAUAAUGUUAUUUUGAUAUUUUAAAGCUUGGCAAGAAAAAUAAUAAUUGUUGGCUUCUAUUUUAUUUUUUUUAUUGCUGGCUUACUCUUCAAGCAAUGGUCACUGUCCUGGAAUAGCCAUCAUUUAUUUAGUUGUUCUGUCUUUUACUCCUUCCUUGCCACAAAAUUAUACAGGAAGAAAGUUGAAAUGCAGCCCACCUAGCUCAAACUGAAAUCUUAGCAAUGUGAGAAGACUUCUGUCGUGCACAUCUGGACACUCUUUCUCAAAAGUAGCUCCCUCCUUGUGGAACUUCCUGUACUCAAUAGCUGGGUCCUUUCAGGUGAGCAGUAGGGUUGGAAUUUUUGGCAGACACAGCCCUAAGGCAUAAAGGUAAAGGUAAAGGGACCCCUGACCAUUAGGUCCAGUCGUGACUGACUCUGGGGUUGCGGCGCUCAUCUCGCUUUAUUGGCCGAGGGAGCCGGCGUACAGCUUCCGGGUCAUGUGGCCAGCAGGACUAAGCCGCUUCUGGCGAACCAGAGCAGCGCACGGAAACGCUGUUUACCUCUCCGCCAGAGCAGUACCUAUUUAUCUACUUGCACUCUGACGUGCUUUCGAACUGCUAGGUGGGCAGGAGCAGGGACCGAGCAAUGGGAGCUCACCCCAUCGCGGGGAUUCGAACCACCAACCUUCUGAUCGGCAAGUCCUAGGCUCUGUGGUUUAACCCACAGCGCCACCUGUGUCCCUGUCCUAAGGUAUAGAUGGUGUUAAAUCAGCAGGCUAUAGAACAAACUCGUUCAUUCAGAUACUUGGGUGUACUCUAUUGAAAUCCUCUCUUGGAAGCGCCGUACGGAGGCAGUGAAAGUCAAAGCACAGAAAAACAUAGGGGCAUUGAUGGAGUUCUGUUACGAUAAGGAUGGGCAGCUGAUUGAACCUGCCCAAAAGAUAUUUGGUGGCAAAGUGCUUAUUCAAAUACUCUGUGGCAUUGAAAUCUGGGGCUCUGGUUUGAAUUCCAUUAAAGUUUUGGAUCAGUAAAUCUUCUUCAUACAGAAUCUGGGUGGCCAAUAAUUAAGGCAAGAGCGAACUCGCUCAGUUAAAGUAUAUUUUAAAAAUUGCUGCUGUGCCUGUUGAGCAUUUUCCUGCUCUGUGCUAUAUGGAAUUAGGAGAUAACCAACACUGGAAAGCAGCUUGUCAAUAUAUAUAUAUAUAUAUAUUUUACUUUUAAUUUAAAAUUUAAAAUUUAAUUUAAAAUGCAGUAAAAUAGCUACAUACAAGUUCAAUAAAACAGAGAAUACAACACAAAGCAACACAUAAUGUAACAAUAGCAUUUCCAAAGCUUUUUGAGCUUGUCAAGAUGUUUUAGAUUAUUGUUGUUUUCCAGAAAUGAGCUAUGCUUUGACCUUGAAUACCGUAAGUGUCAACUAAGGGAUUGGUGCUUCUGAAUCGAAUCAAGAGGGGACCUGAAACUAAUUAGAAACACCAUAUUUUCCACACUUGAGAACAGAGCAUUUUAGACCUAGUUAUCUGACCAAACUCUCACCGGCUUCCUUAGGAAAUGCCUUUAUUGAGCUGUGUUUCCAAGUGAUACCCAUUGCAGUCUUGGGUGGCUGCUACAACGAGGUCCCCGUACAUGGACAAACUUUGUAUUUGUGGUCAUCCUCAGGUGGAAGACAUCAUAAUCUGUUAGCCCGCCCCUUAUAUUUAGACCCAAGAGAUCACUUUCUGAAACCUUUGUUCACACAAGCAAGCAGGCACACCUUGGCAGAAAUGGUCUGGUUUUCUUUUGAGUGACAAUGAUAGCUUCAUAACACAGAGAGUGACUCUCUUAAGUACUGGCUGCAAAAAAAGGAGCGGUGAAGGAAAAAGGAGUUAGAUAAAAUUGUUGUAAAUUGUUGUGGUGACUCAGAGGUUUAAUUUGAAGUCAAGCUGGAUUUGCGUUUGUUGGUGUCUUUGGCAACCUCUCUCUUACAUCAUGGAUGUUGGCUUGAAUUAUGGAUGUUUGACCCGUAUUGUUCUAUCGGUACUGUUGCUGCAGGUUUGCCAUGGCCUUUGGCUACAACAAUAAACUUAUAUUUAAAAUAAUAAAAUUUCAACUCCAUGCUGAAACCUAAUCAUUUUGUACUGGGGAGCCACGUUAACAUUGGCCAUUAGAGAGACAUUAAAUUGAACAAAGAGAACUCUGAUCCUCUUUUUAAAUUCCAUUUUAACAAUUGACACAUCAAAUUCAGGAAAACAAUCUAGAAAAAGCCAUAGAAUUAAAGCAACUGAAUUGUUGCCGGAGACCAAGUGGUCAGCCUUGGGUAAAAAGAAAAAAAAUGCAAAGAUUUGGGAAGUCAUAUCUUGGAAGUUUAUUUCUGCCAUACGCAUAAGUUUUAACCAAUAAUCAGAGAGAUGGUGGUUUGUUUGUUUGCUUUGGGGCUAUUUGUAUACCAUCAUUCAGCCGAAACAGUUCCCAGGGUGGUUUACAAGCAAAAGACAGGCUCCCAUUUCAAUUCAUAAUAAAAACCAAAGGUACCCUGGGAUGCCUGAAAUAGCCUUUAGGACCUUAUUCUGAAAUGAUUCCAAGUUGGGCCAUAAAAGCACCAGACUCCUGGGCUGUCUAGAAGCUGUGGCUAUAAUCUAGCUAUCAUGAUUUAAAAAGUGGAACAUAUUGUUUUCUCCAGUAGGUUCUACACAAUUUCAGGACCACAGCAACCCUGUUCUAUUUUUGUGUGUGUCCUGUUUGAUCAAAUGGCCUUUCCAGAAAGCAAAAUCCACAGACAUUGGUAAGAUUUGACCAUACUACUCAGCAUUUAUAGGGCUCUUGAGUGUUGAGAUUCCUUCGUUAUUUUGAAACAUUUACAACAGCCUUGUAAGGUAUAUCAGUGUUAUCCCCACACUGUGGACUGGGAGCUCCCUAGUGAGUUCAUGGCAGAGGUCUGCAAAUCAGCCUGUUACCUACUACAGCCAUACCUUGGUAGUUGAACGCCUUAGUUAUUGAACAAAUCGGCUCCCGGAUGUUGCAAACCCGGAAGUGAGUGUUCCAGUUUGCGAACGUUUUUUGGAAGCUGAAUGUCUGAUGGGGCUUCUGGGGCUUCGGGAAGCUCCUGCAGCCAAUUGGAAGCUGUGCCUUGGUUUUCGAACCAUUUCGGGAGUUGAACGGACUCCCAGAAUGGAUUAAAUUCGAGAACCAAGGUACGACUGUACUUCUAUCCAGUUUAUCCAGCUCUGUGUUUUUUUUAUAGUAAAGUGGAUCUGUCACAUGCUCUACACCACCCUAGAAUUGAAGGCGUAUUCUGUUAGCUAACGAUAUUGCCGUCUCUGCUUUCUCUUGCCCUCCCCCCCCUUCAGACAACCGUCUUCUGGGAUGGAGAUCAGUUGGUGUGUGAACAGAAAGGAGAGAAACGAAAUCGAGGCUGGAGACACUGGCUAGAAGGGGACCAGCUGCAUCUGGUGAGGAAGGGCAGCCUGAGAAGCUUGCCCCAAGCACAGAGGAAGCCUUUAGGCGAGGCAGUUGGGAGUUUUCUGAGGCUUAGCAUGGGCCAGCCCUCUCCUUCUAUAGCUCCGGUCCUGAAAAGCCACAGCUAGGCCCCAUGAGUUAUGCCUGUCAUCUAUGGAGGCAAUGGCCCCUUGACAAAAACAUCCUUUCCCAAGAGUUCAAAAGUUGACUUGGCUGAGCUCAGUGGGAGCCACCCAUUGUCCUGCAUCUUCCUUGAAAUUUGACCUCAGCUCCUGGGGCUUUCUGUAAGGGAGCGGGGAAAUGAUUAAGUCAAAACACAGCACCUCUGUGCAUGACACUCUUUUAAAAAACGGCUUUAGUGUUGCUCACAAGCUCUGUGCAUUGCCCGUGCAGGAUCUCCACACAACUGCCAACGCAACAAUGCUGGUAAACUGUUUCAAGGGGAGGGCGAAGCAGUGAUUCACAGAAGGUGUCCAUGGCGUCUCAUUCUGUGCCUUCCAUUAAUUCACGGCAUCUCCCACUGCCAUCACCCUCUGCUACCUCAAGUAUGAAGGGAUGACCGCCAUCUGUGCUGGAUAACUGUACCAGAGGCUUGGGGGGAAAGCUCAGCUGCAGAUGCCUGUUGUAUUCAUGGAGAGUCUCUCGCAGGUCCAUGAAGUUGCACAGGUGAAAUGAUUUAACAGGGAGUAAAAACAUCUGCCUUGCUCUCAAGAGUUAGGCUACAAAAUGAAUUUAUUCAAAGUGUUCAGAGAGAUGCUUGAAAUCAGAAGACAUCUGCUAAAUACAAAAACAACGAGCUGUUGUGGCAUUUUUUUAAAAAAAUAAUUUUUAUUAAAUUUCCAUUUAACAAACCAAUCAUAUCAUAUUAGUUAUUCCAAAUUAUAUCAAUAUAAACCAUAAACUCCAAAUAUUCAACCGAAUUUUAAUUUUUUUUGUUGGGGGUACCCAUGCUUCGAGUUCAGUAAGGAUCCAAUCAUCUCAUAUUUCUGCUGCUUUGAUAUUCACAAGUCCCAUCUUCCCAUCUCCUUAUUGUUAUCGUAUUUCUUCUUAAUAACCUCUGAGUUGUAUCCACAGGCGAGUUGAAGCAAGCAUUAUUUAUGUUUCUGUGUGAACUUUUGUAAUGCUCUCCUGUAAUUCAUCUCACGCUGAUCCAAAAGUCCUGUUCAAGCGGCCAGCACCAUUUUCGUCAGUUCCGAUGAAAUACAGUCUAAGCGUCUGCUCCUUAAUUUUUCCAGACCAGUUGCACCAUAAAUCAGUCUUUCCAGGGGAGUUUUUGCCCAUUCAGAUAUACAAUCCAAACAUGAUAGCAGAACAGUGGCUCGCCUCCCCCUUUGACUGUAAAUCUCGCAACAAAGCCUGUCUCAUAAUGGCGGAUCCCAAAAUAACUGCGCCACAGGAAAGCCUUUCGUUCUUUCCAGGUCUUCCACAAAACAAAGCCUUUGGUUAAUAUUUUUAUUUCCACACAGUUUAUUUCCAAUCUCACUUGCUGUCAAUCAUGUGACAGUUCUUCUAGGGGAGGGGUUGUUAGGUAAAUCAUAAUGAAAAAGAAAGAAAGUCCCCCCUCCUUUCCGUUCCGUUUCAACAUACCGGCAUAGCUGUCAUUCUUUGAUGUAAUCUUCUGUUCAUUCCGUCCCACCACUCUCAACUUCUCAGUGGUAGAUUUAAUUAUCAGAUAAUACAUCCUUACUUCACUCGAAACAUGUGUAUUUACUUUCUCCAAUUAUUUUAUCUUAAGCAAUGCAACUAGUUUCGCUCUUGGAAGUAGCGUCCGGGAGAUCCAGAACUCGCUCGAGGGCUUUCCGUCCAGUGCCCCCACCCCCUCCUUCUUUCGAUCUCGGGGGUGAUUUAUGGGCAACUGCGGGCAAGGCAGCAUCUUCCCAUCCCCUGGGAAAAUCAUGGGAGGCUGAUAUACUCCCAUAAUCAGCCCCUAAAUUACCUCGUGUGAGCCGGAGAGAUGGUAUUGUCGGCCAUCUUCCAAGGCGCCCUUAGCGGGCCCCCCGGCAUCUUAAAGCCUACAAUACGAUACGAUACGAUAAUAAAAUAAAAUAAAAUGCCAGUUCUGGCACAAAGCACUUUUCUUGUUGCUGUUAGCUUAUUAUUGCAUAUAAGCUAAAUACAGUGGUUUUUUAAAAAAACUAAGCUGAGUAACAUUAACUUUGGAGAAUGAAGCCACAGCACUAAUGAUGGAAGUGCGUGUUCAUUCACUCACGUGAUUGGCUUGAACUGCAUGUCUACAAUUUUAUCUGCUAAAAUGCUUUAUACAAAAAAGCCUCCAAUGGCCAGAUUUACUUUGCCUUGCUGAUCUUCCUUGGUGACAUGCAACUAUUAAUGUCUGUGAGAUCCAAGCAGAGCAAAUUGCCCAAGUGCAAGGGGAGGGUCGAAUUUCAUUUGGCUGUUAAAAUGCUUCUGAAUGGGCUCUUCCUAUACUACAGAAAGAAUUUGCGAACCAUAUAUCCCAGGCAGUAAAACUUCCUGUUUUUAAGAACAAGUAGCUCAUGAGUUGCCAUUAAGGGUGGGAUACAGAACUGAUUGUGUGUACGAGUAAACUGGUAGGAGAUGCUCUUUAAUAUAUGCCAUUGAAAAAUGAAUGUGAGCUGCCACUACUGUACAGCUGAGGGAUUUCAGUUUCUUUCAGCGACUUCUGUGCAGGAGAGCUUCCUGGUGGAUCGUGUCCAUAGAGGAGGUCCACACAGAGAACACUGGUCAGGCAAUGGAUUAUCACUCGGAGUUUGCACACAAGAUGCUUGAAGCAGAAGCUCCAUUUGAGCAGCCUCCCCCCCCCCCCGCAUGUCAAGAUGCAUGUCAUUAUUGGUAUAGACAUUAAAGUAUUCAAAAGUCAGCACCACAAUUGCUCUUAAAAUGCAAGUAAUUGCUGUAUUUUAAUUUCAGAAGCAGGCCCUGGAACCUUGCUAUUAUUCUUCCCUGCUCCCAAGCAGCAGUCCUACACUUAAAUUUGCUGUCUCGACGCUACUUGCGUCAUGUUGUGUGACUUGAGUGUUGUCAAUCCAGGACAAAAAACACAAAAGAGAAAUUGGACGUACAUGGUAGCCGAAAUGGGUUUUUCCAUUAUUGUUAUGAGCUGUUUUAAGUUUCACAAAUGAAAAAUGCUCCAAAGGUCUCAGGCCUAAAGAGUCUCUUCCCUCACUCUUUUUUUCUUCUUUUUCUUUUCUCUCUCUCUCUCCUCCUAGCGCUUGACAGCAGAGGAUGUGGUUUGUGUCCAGGUUUUUCAGAAAGUGAAAUGAUUCUUAGCAGCAAGCGCUAACUUCUGGAUGCAACAGGCACUGGAGCCUCAAACUGGGACCAGAAUCGAGCCAUCAGCUUUUCAUUCCUUGUCCUGAACCUUCUCUUUUGGAUUAAAAUAAUACAGAUGACCAACA